UUUGAGGAAGAAAAAAAACUUUUUCUCUCUGUCCGGGCCAGGAGGAAGGAGGGGCUCUUCCUAACGGACACCCCGCCUUCCGGUAACUGAGCUUCCGUUACCGGAUUCCGGAUUCAUGGACACUUGCUGGCACCACACCUCGACAAAGUUUGUGUUAUUUUACUUGAGUCAGAGAAAUAAACUCUGAAUGGUGAGAGGAGACCCCGGUUCGUGUUGCGUUUGUGGAGCUUUGUGACUUUAACAGCUGCAGGGACGUCUGCGCACCGCUGCGCUGAGACAAAAGAGAGGAAAGGCGACUCGUCAGCGCUACAGUUAGACUGACUCACUAAUUUCAGCAUAUUUAGGAGUAUUAAUCACUUCUGUCUGCGUUUAAAGUGCGUGUUCCGCGUUGUUGUGACUCACUGGUAGACACAAGCUAUAAACUCUUUCACCCGCGCAGCAGCCGAACCGUGAGGCUGGAUCUGUCGAGCCGGGCCCCCACCCGGGCUUCUCUGGCCCCUGUCAGGUGAAGGGCGUGGCGCUGGGCGGGCGAGUUUUGUUCCAGCAACACCUGAGUGAGGGAGUUCAGUCAGAGAUCCGGGCUGAGCGCUGGAGUUUGCCGUCUCGUGUGAAACUCUUCACCGCUAAAUGGAUCUGUUUACUGCCUCUCGAGCUCGGGUCUCGCGGACGUUGUCUGGAGCGUAAUGACACAUCAGCCCACGAAUUCGAGGCUUGACCCUUCGGACCGACGUCUGGGAACUGGGUCGGGGUGGUUUCUGAACUAGGCUAGUUGGUGAAUAAGAAAGGGAGACAUGGCUCUGUCUCAGAUCCAGUGUCUGGACGACCACCACGUCAACUGGCGCGUGAGCGAGGGCAAACCGGAGUUUUUCUACAGCGAGGACCAGCGGCUCGCGCUGGAGUCUCUCAUUUCCAGCGGCCGUGAUGCGUUCAGGGACUACCUUCACAAGACCGGCGUCCGGGAGUUCCUCUCGGAACCGGAGCUGGAGCACAUUACGAGCACGGCGGAGGCCUACCGGCCCGGGCACGAGCAUCACCAGAAGCCCGAGACUCCGGGCCCUGGAAACUUGACUCCGGGCCCCGGAAACCUGACUCCAGGGUCCGGGGAGGAAGGGGAAGACGGGGAGGUGUCACUCGCCUAUUGGCCGGACCGAUCCGAGGCCUCAGUGGCGGAGCUGGACCUGGGGUGGCCCGAGGCCAGCUCAUACCGGGGAGUCACGCGGGUGACCGUGUACAAGCAGCCUCCAACAGAGGGCCAAACGCAUAUCAAAGAGGUGGUGCGCAAGAGCAUAGCAUCUGCCCAGAAGGUCAUUGCCGUGGUGAUGGAUGUGUUCACAGAUGUGGAUAUCUUUCGAGACCUUCUGGACGCAUCCUACAAACGCAAAAUUCCAGUGUACAUAAUUCUCGACAUGGCUGCAGUGCCCUGCUUCCUUUCCAUGUGUGGCAGAGCCGAUAUGCACCGCGGACAUCUAAAGAAUCUGCGAGUGCGCUGCUGUGGAGGGGUGGAGUUUUUUACACGAUCAGCCCAGAAGGUGCGUGGGUCUCUGAGCCAGAAGUUUCUCCUGGUGGACGGAGACAGAGCCAUCUCGGGUUCAUACAGCUUCACGUGGUCGUCGUCUCGUUUGGACCGCAACCUCAUCACAGUGAUCACAGGGCAGGUAGUGGAGACCUUCGACUUGCAGUUUCGUGAGCUCUACCUCAUGUCCAGAGGAGUGUCCCUGAAUAAAGUUCCCAUGGAAGACGAACCGAUCCCUGACCCACUCCCUCAGGCAGUUCCUGCUCCUGUGCCGGCAUCUGUAGCAAGGAAGUUCUUCAAUCCCAAAUAUGCUCUUGUUUCCACAGGGACCCACACGAGUCCCACUCCCUCUGACCAGAACUCCAGCAACAAGAACUCCAAUGCCCAGAAUCCCACUGGGCUGAAAGUGAUGAAAGGACGUCUUAAAGAGGUUAUUGAAGAGCCGCCGAUUCAUCCUGGUUUACUUCAUCUGGAGAAAGCAAAUUUGAUCCCGUAUCUGCCCACCUGGCCUGAACCAGACCCGCCAAGUGACGUGAUUGGCUUCAUUAACAUCAGAGAUGAAAAACGGGCCAAUCAGGUUCACCUGCAGAGGUCAGAAAGGUUCGAGGUUAGUCAGGCUAUACGCUUCAGCUCACCGCUGGCUCAACCAGCUCUGGCCAAGGAACCAACGUCCAGUCAGGAGGAGAAAGUUGCACAAACGACCGAAAAUGUGUCUGGGAAUACAAGCCAGACGACUCCCAGCCCCACCAAUCCAACGGAUAAAAGCGUCGAACAGCAAACGCCUCCGAGUAAAGACCAAACUGAUUCGGCAGAUGCCACUCAACAGCCCAACAUGUCUCCAACACAGGAGAACACACACUCUCCACACGAACACACACUCACAUCUCCCACCAAAGCUGAUUCACAGCCUACUGACACUGUUGGACAAACUCCGGAGACACAAACUCUAGCACCCCCCAUUCCUAAACGCCGCACGCUGCAGUUAGUCAUAGACCCCACCCCGUCAGAGCAGUCUGGGGAGGCGCAGGUCACUCUGGUGAAAAUGGACCAACUGGAAACGCCAAACAAAGUGCAAAUCCAGCAGGAGCCGAUCCCAAACCGCGGACGAUUAACGUCCAAGGGCUAUGACAUGGACUCGGGCAGUAACGAGGAGAGUAGCCUGGACAGCACUAAGGUUUUGUGUGACCGAGCGGUCAUCGAAGACCCCUCAAGUGCUUCGGCUGGAUCAGAAGAGGAAUUUUUUGACUGUUCACAACAGGAGUCAGACGACGCGGUAGUCAACGGGGGGCAGACGGGAUCUGGCCGAGGACAUCGCCAAGGAGAUGGGCUAAACAUGAUGGCCCGCUUCUCCCAGAGCAUGCUCGACCUGCGGGAGCCCAGCCAACCAGAGGACGGUGCUUCCCUCAUCCGAGAGUCACAGCAUCUGCGCAGACAGGUGCACGGUUCGCCACGCAGGCUCACGGGACAGCUGUUUCAGAACUCAAGAUCUCCAGUUCGCGAUCCCCGACUGAGGGGACCCAAGGUAAUCAUCAAUAAGCCUGGACGUGUUCACCCCCCUUCCCGAGCUGCUGGCCAUGUGAUUGGAGGAUACCGUUACUGGCAGGGCCAAAUAGCUCCACCUGACUCAGCUCAGCUGCGUGUGGAGACCCGUUCUGGGCGGUCACCACGGCGACACAGCCCAAGCUACCGGAAGAUGGACCCCGAGUCACUGCAGCCACCAGCCAACCCAUCAGGGUUUUUCAAAAUGUCUCUCUCAAAGUUAAACUUUAGAAACUCGAAAGCUCAAGGAGGGGGAGGAGCCUCUCAAAAGAAAGUGUCUGUUGCCAAUAAGGCUGUGAGGUAGAACUGUGGGUACAGGAAACACUAAGGUGUUUUUAUGACUUCCUGCUCAGAAACCGGUGACACUUCAGUAUUGUAGAAAUAUUUUCCGUCUCCUCUUGACACCCUGCAGUGCAACAUACUUCCAUGGACUAAUAAUGUUGAUAGAUUUUACAAGCAGACAGUGUAGAGCAGGGGUGUCCAAUCCUGGUCCUCGAGGGCCGGUGUCCAGCACGUUUUCGUUUUAACCUGCUUCAACACACCUGAUUUCAAUCAGCAGGUGAUUAACAGCUUCUGCAGAGCCUGAUGAGCUGCUGCACAGGUGAUUCAACCAGCUAAUCAAGCAUGUUGAAGAAGAAAAAUCACAAAACCUGCUGGUUGCCGGCCCUCCAGGACCAGGAUUGGACACCUCUGGUGUAGAGUAUGUGCAAAAGCGCCCUUUAAUAGUGAUAAAUCAGUCAUCAGUGUUUAUGAACGUGCACAAGAUGACAUGGACACUUUAUUUUGUUGAUCAUAAAGGUGUGAUGAACUGCAAACAAUCAGCCUUAACAGAUGUGGUACUGUAUGUGGAAAUCUGGGAUUUUCUCUGCCAACUGAGGUGCUUCAGUCCUUUAAACAAUAUUCAGAUCUCAAAUUACAUCAAAAUUCUACUUUGCAGUAUCAUGCUUGUUCGUGGCAAACGUAUAUGUGCAACCAUGCAUAUUUGAGAUACGUAGAAUGAUGCCUAUUUCCUGAUGUCGAAUCGUCUUUAUUACAGGUAGCACUGUGACUGGUUAUAAGGUUUAACAUACUUUUAUGUAUUCAUCAGAGGUUGCGGAUUACAUGUUCGGAACAUAAGUGCUGUUGUGGGACCAAAUCUGAAUGUUUUAAAUAAAAAGUGUUUGUGAAUUA